AUGAAAUAUUACAAGAAGGAAGUCGACUUCUUGUCCUGGACAAAAGUUGACCUUUCAGAACUCAUCCACGCACCUUUCCACAAUCUAACCAAUGAUACCAUGGCAUUGUCCUUUAAGAAUUUUCUUGAGAUUAAAUCGAAAAAUAACUUUGAAGAUUUAAAGACUACUUCAUUGUUCACUAAGAAGGCCAAGGGUGUCAUUGAUCCAUGCACAAACAAAACAAUGGUGAAUGUCAUGUGGCCACCCACAAAGCAAGCCAAAAGGAUUCGUCUUCCCAAAUGCUUACCUGAAGGCAGUUUGGAUACAAUACAAUAUUGGGUUUAUGAUGAGGCUACUGUAAUGGUGGUGAUCAAGCUGAAGAAAAACCAGUUUCGUGUUGUUGAUCCCAAAGAUUUGUUGAAGUUUAGAGAACAUGAUAUCCAUUUUUUAUCAAACUUUUAG